CUGGGGCAUUCCCACCUCCAGGAGGGACUUGUCACGUCCUUUUUUCAGUGUGUUUCCCCCUCCUCACGUUCUGCUGACUGGAAGCUGCUGUGAAACCAAAUAGGCAAGAAGAAGAAGAAGAGUUUGUGCUGCUGUGCCAGGUUACUGAUCCAGGAGCUUCAGUUACAAGUUAUGGAAUUCAUGGCAGCCACAACAUCUAUCUCUGAUACUGACAUGGAGUUUGAUAAAAAUGUCCCUCGCAUAUGUGGAGUCUGCGGGGACAAAGCUACUGGUUUCCACUUCAAUGCCAUGACAUGUGAGGGCUGUAAAGGAUUUUUCAGGAGAAGCAUGAAAAGGAAGGCUGUGUUCACGUGCCCAUUUAGUGGUGAAUGCAGGGUAACUAAAGAUAACAGACGACACUGCCAGUCCUGCCGACUGAAGCGUUGCGUGGAUAUUGGCAUGAUGAAGGAGUUUAUCUUGACAGAUGAAGAAGUCCAGAGAAAGAGGCAGAUGAUAAAUAAGCGCAAAGAAGAGGAAGCGCUGAAAGAGUCCAUGAGACCCAAAAUUUCAGAGGAGCAUCAGAAAGUUAUUGAUAUACUUUUGGAAGCCCAUCGGAAAACCUUUGACACCACAUAUUCCGAUUUUAAUCAGUUUAGGCCACCUGUGAGGGAAAAUAUAUGUAAAAGGAUCACUAGAUCAUCAUCUCUUCAUACACAAGGCUCUUCAUCUGAGGAUUCUGAUGUCUUUAGUUCUUCUCCAGAUUUAUCUGAGCAUGGAUUAUUUUUUUCUGGUUCGCUCUUUGGUGACUUUGGACAUUCCCCUAUGGAUGGUACAUCUGGUGAGCUGUCCAUGCUCCCUCACCUUGCAGACCUUGUUAGUUACAGCAUACAGAAGGUUAUUGGAUUUGCCAAGAUGAUACCUGGAUUCAGGGACCUUAUUGCAGAAGACCAGAUUGCACUGCUGAAAUCGUCUGUGAUUGAGGUUAUAAUGCUACGAUCAAAUCAGUCAUUUUCUUUGGAUGAUAUGUCCUGGACUUGUGGCAGUGAGGACUUCAAAUACAAAGUUGAUGAUGUGACUCAAGCCGGUCACAACAUGGAGCUGUUGGAACCUCUUGUAAAGUUCCAGGUUGGCUUAAAAAAACUGAACCUUCAUGAAGAAGAGCAUGUUCUCUUGAUGGCCAUCUGCAUUCUCUCUCCAGAUCGCCCAGGUUUGCAAGACAAAGGCUUAGUUGAAUCACUUCAGGAUAGUCUUUCCUCUAUUCUUCAGACUUACAUUCUUUGUAAACAUCCACCACCGGGGAGUCGUCUCCUAUAUGCUAAAAUGAUCCAGAAACUGGCCGAUCUGCGCAGCCUAAAUGAAGAGCAUUCCAAACAGUUACGUUCUAUCUCCUUCCUGCCGGAGCACAGCAUGCAGCUCACUCCACUUAUGUUGGAAGUGUUUGGCAAUGAAAUCUCUUGAAUUCACUUAACUUAGAACUUUUCCUUUAACUACGAAUGUAAGUCAAUUGCAUUGUAUAGGUUGUAAUUACAAAGUUGGGCCCUAAUUCCUUCUGGUUUCUGCUCUGGGAUAUCUCUGGGAGUCUUUUGCAAUCACAAGAAAAAAUGGGCACUGUUGUAUAUAAUGCAUGGUGUAAAAACUCUCAUCAUGACAUGCCAAAAUGGUUACUGUGCUAUGUGUAUUUCGCCGCAAAUAAGGUGGUUUUCACGCUCUUAACUUUAUAUAUUAUAAGCUUUGAUUGGUGAUGUGCCUUCUUGUCAAAUAUGUGAAUUUAAUAUAUUUGGCUAUAACGUGCCUAAUCAUAAAAAAAAGCCAUUUCCUGCACAUAUGAAGUUGCAAAGGACCACAGCCCUUUACUAAAUGCUAACAGGGUUCCCAGGGCCUUUAGCCAUUGAAAUAUCUGCACUAGUCUGGAUACCUUUAGCACCAGCACUCUAAAGCUCCCCAUAGACGCGACGAUUCUUCUUGCCGAACGACCGAUUUUAGGGAAGCCCGACCAAUCCUUCGA